UUAAUCUGUAGGAAGAACCACAGGCAACCUGACUCUAGACACAGACUGGCGAGAAUCCUUAAGGAGGACGUCUAAAACGAUUUUUAUUACUCGAUAUUACUCGAUCGUCUAAAAUUUAAGAAAAUAAGAAACUUGGCUCUCUGUUUUUCUCUGCAGACGAGCUCGAGACAUACUACAUGAAGUUUGCAGGCAUUAUUCAGUUUCACAUCAUCAACAAUACAAGUCCGGAGCUGUCAGAUCUUCAUUCAUCAUGUUUACAUUUGGACUUGGACCAAAACCCUGAGACUUUGAGAUCAUAAAAAUGAACCUUACCUCAGAUUUGUUGGACAUGAUGCUGAAGGCAUCAAACCUCUCUCGUUGGCAGUUCAUCCAACACUUCUCUAUCCCACCUCUGGUGUCUGUGCCCAGGCUUCCAGCUGCCCUGGUACCUGUAUUCGGGCUGCUCUAUGUGCUUAUUUUCCUGCUUGCUGUGGUUGGAAACGGGGCUGUGCUGGUCCUCAUGUGCCGCAAGAAAGCGCUUCAGUCCCCAAGCACUUUCUUCAUCUGCUCACUGGCACUUAGUGACCUUCUUAUUGGGAUUGUGUGUGUGCCUGCUUCCCUGCUGCAGCACUUCUUUAACAACUGGCUGGCAGGUGACUUUCUAUGUAAGCUGGUCCCCUUUCUUCAAGUGACUGCUAUAGCAACCAGCAUUCUGACCAUGACUUGUAUCGCUGUGGAGCGUUUCCAGGGGAUCUUGUACCCUCUUCAUGUCCGCAACAGCUACAUCCUUCACAGCUCCAUCAUGAUGGUCGUGGCUGUGUGGUUGGUCGCACUGGCAAUUGCAGCUCCGAUGUGGUUUGUCCAGAAGGUAGAGGUGAAAUACGACUUCCUGUUUGAGGUUCAGCACACCAGUUGUCUGGAGGUCUGGCCAAGUCUGCAAUGGAGGAGAACUUACACCGUAUGCCUAUCAGUGAUGGUGUUUUUGGUCCCAAUGGUGACAAUGGCAAUCCUGUAUGGGAAGAUCAUGGGGGAAUUGUGGGGCAAACACCGCAUUCACGAGGCUGUGUUUCAAACGCUGCCAGGCUCGGAGAUCAACAAGAUCACCAGGAGGAAGAGGAAGGCAGUGAAAAUGAUGGCCACAGUGGUGCUUCUGUUUGGUGUUUGCUGGGCUCCAUUUCAUCUCGUAUCAUUGCUGCUGGACUACGAAAAUCUGAACCUGAACCUGGACUCAGAGUUACUACUGCUAAGCUUGGUGCAGAUCCUAGGCUUCAGCAACUCUGUGUGUAACCCAGUGGUCUACGCUGCCCUCAACACCAACUUCAAAAAGGAUUUGCUGGCCCUACUCACGCAGAGGUGGUCACUCUGCUUCCGGAGAAGGAAGCCCAGAGUCGGCAUCUCCAUCACGGAACCGAGGACCACAGCAGAAAGGACAGAAAGAAGAGUAAGAGUCCAGCCAUGGAGCAAAGUGGCUUGGGAGAUGGACAAUGGUGUGGCACCAGUGACCAAUGGGGCAAGGUCUGAAUACUUCAACCCCAUGAACCUUCUUGGUGCCAUUUGGCCCAGUAACAACUCAAGCACUGUCAUUCUUAACGUCACUGACCCCCUGCACAUCGAUGCUACAUACAGAUCGGAUCAGAAGACAGCAGGAAUUCCAAGUGGAUAAAUGUCUAGAGGAGAUUUUCAGGGAGAAAAUAUCUGAAAAUCUGAGAUCCUUCAGUCUGACAAUCAAACCAAAUAUACAGAAGGAUACUUUGUGUACCCUUUAUUGUAUUUAACUUACCACUGAAUCAAGCUAUGAUUUACAGUCUUGGAUUAGAUAAAAUGUCACCAUAUUUGAUGUGUUCAUGGCAUAUGGGGGUCUAUGCUUUAAUAAUUCCACUUGGUCAGGAAAGACAAUGAUCAAGCCACAAUGUUACUGUGGUACUAAUCUAAAUGAGGCAACUCUUGUCUAGAUUUCCUCCAGUGAGAAAGAAAUGCCUGUGAAAAUCCAUAUACCUGGUAAUCUAUCUGUCUAUUUUGGGAAGCUAUUGAAUUUUUCCCAUGCAUAUGAUGAGCCAAUUUAUGGCUUGACAGAUAUCCAAAUAUUCUGCUCACACUCUGACAUUCUGAAUGAAAUCAUCAUAGCAUAGCAACCAGUUCAUGAAAUUCAAACAGAGCGAGCAACAUUUGACCCUGAUUCCAUAUGCAACAAGAAAGAACAUGCUGUUCACUUCAAAUCAGUGCAAAUGUAAGGAAUCAAUGCAGGGAUAAACACCUCUUGUGGUACUAAUGCAUUUCUCUUCCGCAGCAGCUCUAUCCGUAGCAUGGUUGCGACGGACCCGGACCCUAUUCCAGGAAAGAAAAGAAGGACGAGGCAGUAAUACACAAUAGAUGGGAAGCCAGUUCAUCACAGAGUACCAUGGAUACCAUUCAGACUAGCCAAUAACACAGAGGAUGGUAGGAGGAAACUAAGAAACCUGUAGCAGAUCAACAAGGACAUGGGAAGAACAUGGACAUUCCACUUGGACCUCAAACCACACUCAGGAUUAAUGUACAGUUUGAGAAUUUCAGUGUAAAAAUGUUUUUAUAGAACUUCAUUGAGACUGUUUAUUGUCCUUCAGAUGUCAAAGUCUUCUGUUAUGUGUAUGAAAACUGUUUUUCCUCUGUGUGUUGUUUUUAUGGUAAACAAGAAGCUGUCCUUUUGUGUGAAGUCACUGUCGAAACCAAACAAUAAAUUGGAUUUGGAACAUAA